AUGGCGGACGACGAGGAGCGCAUCAAGGCCGAGAAGCUGGCUGCUGCCAAGAAACGGGUAGCGCAGCUCCAAAAGCAGAAGAAGAAAGCUAGCAAAAAAGCUGCCAGCACAGAGCCCGCGAAGGAGGCAGAAACACCCAAGGAAGCAGUAACACCGGCCGAAGAAGCCCCCGCGCAGGAGAAGCAAGAUGAGGCCGGACCAGCCGAGAAAGAAGCAGAGGGGCAGACGGAGGAGCAACAGCAACAGCCACAGCCACCUGUUGUUGAACCCACACCGGAACCCGAGCCCGAAAAGCGCGCAGAGUCGCCGAUCGAACCGAUGCCCGAGGCGCCGAUUUCUAUCUCUCCGGGACCAGACGUCAAACCCUCCAGUCAAGGUGUCAAGGGAGAUACCCCUCUUGCGGGCCACGGCCGGCAGCCAUCCCUGUCGAUCCAGUCCAAGAUGCGGUCGUCGUCGUUUAGACAGGGUAAUUCUUCCACAUCGCCGUCGAAUGCCGUCAAGUCUCCUCCUUCGCUGCCUCCCUUAACCGGUGAUGGGGAUUCGGUGCACGAGGUAUAUCGGAAACAGUCGACGCGGAUCGAGGAGCUGGAAAAAGAAAACAAGCGACUGGAGAAGCAGCUUGAAGAAUCAACCAAUCGCUGGCGGAAUUCGGAAGAGCAGCUCGAGGAUCUUCGCGAAGCCAGCGUCGACACGGCAGAGCUGAAGGACAAACUGGAGAAGGCCGAGCAGAAAGCGGCGGAGAUUGACGAACUGAAAGCAGAGAUCGCCUCGCUGCAAAGGCAAAACUCACAUCUCCAGACUCGAUCACACCGCAACAACGCCAGCAUCUCUGGACCGGGACCCUCCGAGUCCCCACCUUCGGAUCUACUACAACAACUAGAAUCAAAGUCCGCUACCAUAGAAGCAAUGGAACUUGAGAUAUCCAACCUCCGUGCGCAGCUUUCCGAUCAGUCCACAUCCAGCAGUACGCACGAGGCUCAGAUUGCGGCGCUAGAAGAAAAGCUCUCGCAGAGCGAAUCCAACCUCGAGAAAUCCCAGCGCGAGCUUACAGACGCAAAGAAUGCGCUGACACGAGCAUCCGAAAAGGCAGUCAAGGAAGGAGUCGACAAGACCUCCACCGAGACCCUGAUCAAGAACCUGGAACGCGAAGUCGAAGCUCUCAAACAGGAGAAGUCCGAGACAGAAAAGAAAAUCGACACCCUAGAGAAAAAGCUCCAAGCCAUGAGCAACCUGCACAAGGAGUCCGAAGCCCGCCACCAGACCCGCCUCCGCGAGAGCGAGAAGACCGACAAGGAAGCCGCCGGCCUCCGAAAACGCCUCGCAAGCACCGAAACCGAGAACCUGCGCCUGAAGGACGAGCUCGAGCGGCUCCGCAAGCGCGAGUCCGGCGGCACAGACGACGACGCUCUCGACGAGCUGGAGGACGAGGAGCGCUCGCGCCUGGAGCGCCGCAUCCGCGAGCUGGAAGGCGAGGUCUUCGACCUCCGCCGCGGCGUCUGGAAGGAACGCCGCGACGAGCUCGCAGCCACAGAUCAGGGCGCCUACGGCGCAGACUCGGCCGCCAACUACCCGGGCAACCCAGUCACCAACGCCAACGCCUUCGACGACGUCGAUCUCGUCGGCGGCUCGCCGGCAGACCACGCGCGCCGCCGCAGCAUGGCCCAACAGCACUCGUCCCUCUCCACUGUCCUAUCGAGCGGCCUUGCCGCGUUCACGGGCGGGUACGCCAACAACCGCAGCCGUGCGUCCUCGACGCAGCAGCACGUUCCCGGGGCCCGCGGGAGCCUCGAGCUCCUGUCCGAGGAGAACCUGGACGACGAGUUCGACGAGGCGGAGUUUGCGCGCGCACAGGCGGAGGAGGAGGCGCGGAAGCGCGUCGAGUGGGUGCGUGAGAUCAAGGGCAAGCUGAAGGACUGGAAGGGCUGGCGGUUGGAUCUGGUAGAUAGUAGGGCCGGGGCGGAGGGUGCUGGCGUGGGGAUGGGGGAGAUCUUCGAAAUAUAG